UAAAACCACGUACGUAGAACCAUGUGAACUUGUCUUAAACUCUAUAUUUAAAAAAAAAACCCACAAAAUUCUCAAGGUCGAAUUCAUAUUAUACACAUUCAAACUCCUUUUUUUUUUUGGUGUUUCUGAAUCUCUCUUUCUCUCUCUCCAAUGGAGUUCCUCACAGUGACAUGUCUUUUACUUGUGUCUUACGCCAUCUUCUCCCUCGUGAGAUCAGUUCUCGAGGAGAGAAGCAAGAGAUGCUUUGUGCUUCACUACGAGUGCUACAAGGGAAAAGACGAGGCGAAGCUCGACUGCGAAACCUGUCUGGGGAUAGCGGCCCGGAACAAGAACCUUGGUCUUGAAGAAUACCAGUUUCUCCUCCGGACAAUGAUUCGUUCAGGCAUCGGAGAGGAAACUUACUGCCCAAGAAACGUCCUCGAAGGCAGAGAAGAGUGCCCUACCCUUCUCGACGCGUACUCGGAGAUGGACGAGAUCAUGUUCGAUACUUUGGACAAGCUCUUUGCCAAGACCGGCAUUUCCCCGUCUGAAAUCGACAUACUUGUCAUGAACGUCUCGCUCUUUUCGCCGGCUCCUUCUAUGACGUCUCGGGUAAUAAACCGAUACAAGAUGAGGGAAGACAUCAAGUCUUACAAUCUCUCCGGAUUGGGCUGCAGUGCCGGAGUUGUAUCGAUAGGUCUUGUCCAGAGCCUGUUCAGAACGUAUAAAAACUCGCUGGCAAUCGUUGUCAGCACAGAGCUGAUGGGUCCGAUCUGGUAUUGUGGAGUAGAAAGAUCGAUGAUGCUCUCCAACUGUCUCUUCCGGGCAGGAGGGACAUCAGUUCUGUUAACAAACAAGACAAAGCUGAAGAACAAAGCCAUCAUGGAGCUGAAGACAGUGGUUCGUGCCCAUGUUGGAUCUGACGACGAAGCUUACUCAUGUUGCCAACAGAUGGAAGACAAAGAAGGACGUCCAGGCUGUAUCCUAACCAAAUACGUCAAAGAGGCGGCGACAAUGGCGUUGACGGAAAACCUUCAAGUGUUGCUUCCAAAGGUCUUGCCCUUGAAGGAACUGCUUCAUUACACGAUAGGUCGGGCACUGAAGAGAAGUACGAAAGGCGAAUCCUCGGGCCGUAGACUAAACCUAAAGAGCGGAAUUCAACACUUCUGCUUACACCCAGGAGGAAGGGCGAUCAUCGAAGGCAUGGGGAAAAGCUUAGGGCUUAGCGAAUUUGACGUCGAGCCAGCGAAAAGCACGCUUCAUAGGUUCGGUAACACGUCGUCCAGCGGAGUUUGGUACAUAUUGGGAUAUAUGGAAGCUAAAAAGAGGCUCAAGAAGGGUGACAAGAUUCUGAUGAUCGGUCUGGGUGCCGGAUUUGAAUGCAACAACUGCGUUCUAGAGGUUAUGAAGGAUAUGGACGAUAAGAACGCCGCGUGGGCCGACUCGAUCGAACGCUAUCCCGAUGUGCUGAAAAUCACGAGCCCUUUCAAGGAGAAGUAUGAUCAGAUCAACGAAGACGAGUCGGGCUUUUUCGAGAUGAUAAAAGGAUUAGCAGCUAAGCGUAUCUCUGCGUCGGCUGCGGAGAAGAAGGAUGCUUGAUGAAACGAACUUUAUUUCAUUUCUUUUGUACUUUGAAGCAUGGAUUCUACACAUGUACUGUAUCAUGAAGAUUAUAUUAAAGUUUGAUUCUGGAAAAUAAUUAAUAUGUUCAAGUACUUUGGUACGAGGUUAAAGA